ACCCUCUUGAAAACAAACACUUCUUGCGUUAGUUGCGUCUAAUUUGAUUUUGCCCUGAUCUGUUUAACGCAACAGGAUAAAGUUUAACGUGAAUGUUUCAGUGCUGUGAAAGUCUCCAAGAACUUUGUCGUCGAGAGCUGAUUCGUUCCGUGGGAAGUAGAAAGCUUCUUCAAAGGCUGCCUCUUCCCCGAAACGUCAUCGAAUGGCUGAAGGAGUACGAUGAACCUGCUGCAUUCGACCCCAACAGUAGCUCCGAUGAGGUGGUUUUCUCCAACAAUAACGAAACCAUCACUUUUACUGGUUAGUUUAACGCUGAAAUACUGAAUAAAGGGCCACUUUUAACCAUCUACCAAACGAAUCAGCUCGUUUGCCUCGUUUGCUCCUUUGUUAACACUGCCGAACCAAACGAGCCAGACGACUCACUAAAUGUAUCAGGACGUUACAAAUCGAUAACUUCGAUGCUCGAUGGAAUCGAUUGUAAUCGAUAAUUUUCGUUACUGACUAAUCGGCUGAAAUCGAAAAUCAAUAAAAAUCGAUAGCGGAGGUACAAUAUGUGAUCAUCGAUUUUCGACCAAAACAUUGUUUGGAAUGAUAGUUUGAUUUUAAGCAAUUUCCAUCGAUUUAUAUCGAAAACAUGGAUUUUGUCAGAGGAAUCAAGGCAAAGAAGAAGGCAGAGACUAAAAGGAAGGAACAAAUGAUUGAUGGAUAUCCAAAGGCAAAAAAAAAGGAAAAAGGAAUUUGUAUCUGUUCUAUUUUCUAUUUUCUAUUUUUACUUUUACAUCAAGACAAAAACCCUUACUCAAUUCUUAGUUGAUGUGAUGUCAUUUGUUCUCUUGGCCGAGUAAAUCAACAUUAUGGAUAAUCUGGGACCAAAUCUUAUGAUUAUCGAAAUUUAUUAUAUCUAGCUAAUGGGUAACAGUUAAAGAAUAAUACUGAGUAGUUGAUUAAUUUCCAAUGAUCGAUUUUUAUUGAUUUGUAACGACAUGAAUAUAUAGACCCAAUUAAGACUUGUAUACUUAUUACUCCUUGUUCUUUCAUUCAUUGCUGGGCCAAAGGAGCCACUAACAUGAUAUGUAAAUUCAUUAUUCCUCAUUCUUUUAUCCACUUAUAUGGGAAACAAGCCACUGAAUAAUUAUGUGCUCCUUCAAAAGUGGCUCUGUAAUGUGUAGUUGCUCCAGUUUUAAUGUAAAUGUUGGCCUAGAUCUUGAGACUUGACAUUUGGACUGCAGAAUGAUCGAGAGAAGCUUAAUUACUUGAUCUGAUUGUAAUAAAUGAUUGAUUGAAAUCUCAAUACCUUCAUGAUCAACAUUAGGGGUGAUCAUGAAGUAAUUACUCUACUCAUGAGCAAUUUUUGAUAACUCUUCAUGUGAUAAAUUUGAAAAUAUUAGUUUUUAUUUCUUGUUAGUGUUGUACUCUUAAAACUGGAAAUUGCAGAAAUAUUCCCGGCAGAACUCUCAGUGAUCUCAACUAGCAAAAAAUCUGUUUCAGUCUGCAAAAUUGAAAAAAAAAAAAUGUCAGUCUGCAAAUUGUAGUCACUGUGUUAAACCUUUCCAAAGUCUUAUUGUUGUAUAGUGCCACGUUUAAGCUCAAAGGUACUCCAUUCAUGUACUUCUCAUGACAAUUGUUUCCUUCCAAUAAAUUUGACACUUUGAUUCUGUUGGAUCUUCUUUUCUUCCAGGAAAUGGUUAUAGCACAACUUUGAUUCUUACCCCCGGUGGUCAUGGUUACACUUCUGGUAAACAUGAGUGGGUGUUCUACUUUAACAAUUGCCGAGGCCAAGUGGCAGUUUGUCUUGUAACAGCAGAAUUUAAGAAGGCCAGAGCAUUCAGAACAAUGCCGGCGAUUGGCAGAAAAAUAGGCUGGGCUUACAAUCAAAUUGGGUUUCUAACCUUUGAUGUUCCUAUCUGGGAAGCUAUGGAUGGAAAGCGAAAUGAAAGCUACCACACCUGGGAUAUGAUAGGAAUUAUUCUUGAUUUAGGUAAAGGAACACUUGGUUUUAUGAAGAAUGGAAAGGAACUGGGGGUAGCUUUUUCAGAAGGGUUGCAUGGCAAAGAGGUAUUCCCAGGAGUUUGCUUAUGCUCUGGAGAGGAACAAGUCACCUUUGUAACCAGUAGAACCUAUGUAUGA